AUGGCUCAGAUAUCAAAAUUGCAGGAAUCCAAUAAGGGUGAGAGGGGCGACAAAUUCAAAAGCCUGAGCAAAGAGGUGGAGGGGCUUCUUGAAAAGGAUAAUCUGAAGUGGAAGCAAAGGGCCAAACAAAGAUGGCUUCAGGAAAGGGACAUAAACACUAUGUAUUUCCAUCAGUGUGCAAACCAAAGAAGGAAAACAAAUUCAAUACAAAAAAUCAUCAAUGAUGAAGGGAAGAUUCUAACAAGACCAGAGGAUAUUGGAACUCAAUUUCAAGGUUCUUUUCUGAACUUUUCUCUACAGAGUGUCCAAGUGGGAAUGAGUCCUAAGGUUACUGAAGCAGCACUUUAUGUUCUAAAUUCUGGUGGUUUGAUAUCUGAUGCUGAGAAAACUUUUAUUGCAUUGAUUCCAAAGAAAAAAAAAUCUCCUACUAAGUCAACUUUUGUGCCUAGUAAACUUAUUGCUAACAAUAUAAUUGUUGCUUAUGAGGCUUUACAUACUAUGAACAACAAGUUAUUUGGUAAAACUGGAUACAUGGUCUUGAAACUCGAUACGAGUAAGGCAUAUGAUCUAGUAGAAUGGGAUUUUUUGAGAGCUGUCAUCAGAAGAAUGGACUUUGGCCAUCAAUGGAUUGAAUUAGUUAUGAAGGGAGUGGAAUCUAUCUCUUAUUCUAUCUUGGCCAAUUCUCUUGAAUGGAGCAUGCUUAUUUACUUACUGGAAACUUAUGAAAAAGCCUCUGGUCAAAGACUCAAUAAGGAUAAGACAUCCAUUCAAUUUAGUAGAAACACUCCCAAAGAAACUCAAGAGAUGGAGCUGGAAAUUGCAGAUGUUAAAUCAAGUCAAUCACAUGAAAGAUACCUGGGCCUCCCAACCUUGAUUGGAAGAGCUCGUGCAAAGGCCUUUGGUAGUAUCCUGGACAGAGUCAAACAAGGAUAA